AUGACUCUGUUUCGUGGUGUCGCAGUUGUUACCGGCGCCGGUGGAACCGGCAUUGGAGCAGCAGUUGCGAAAGCAUUUGCUGCUGCAGGAUGUGAACGCAUCGCUAUUACAGAUAUCAACGGGAUAUCAAUCGAAGAGACCAGGGCAGCGAUCUCUUCAGCCCACCCCAAGACACAACUGCUGGCUGUGACUGGCAAUGUUGCAGAUGACAAAUUUGCAGAGACGUUUAUCAACAAGGUAGUCAGCAAAUUUGGUCGAGUAGACUAUGCGGUCAAUUGCGCUGGCGUGCUCGGCCGGUCUCUGCGCUCAGCAGAGACACCGGUCGAAGAGUUCGACCGCAUCAACAACAUCAAUUACCGGGGCUGUUGGCUCUCUUCGCGUGCGGAGCUGAAGCAGAUGGUAAAGCAGGAACCCCUUCCAAGCCAUGAUCCUGAGAGACCUCCGCAGCGUGGUGCAGUUGUGAAUAUUGCAAGUCAGUUAGGCAUUGUCAGCCGCCCAACUGCCCCGUCUUAUUGCGCCUCAAAAUCCGCCGUUAUUGGAAUGACGCGCGCAGACGCUAUUGAUUACUCACAAGAUGGAAUUCGUGUGAAUUGUGUUUGUCCGGGUGUUAUUGAAACCCCGAUGAUCAUGAAGGACACUGAGGUCAGGGAACGCAUCACCCCCGCUAUGGAGAUAGCUCCCAUGAAGAGAAUGGGAAAACCAGCAGAAGUUGCGGAUGCGGUGCUGUUUUUGUGCUCAACACAGGCAUCUUUUAUUCAGGGACAUGCUAUGGUGGUGGAUGGAGGUUACGUUACUGUUUAG